AUGUCCACCACGUCAAUUGUCAUUUCUAAUAUAACUACCAACAUUCAAACACCAUCAUCAAACAAGUUGGCAUAUCAUGGUGGUAACAAUCAAAAUGUCACCACAACUUCUUCAUAUGGAUAUCAACAAACACGUGUUCAAUCUACUUCCAAUAUCUAUAUCGAUACUCCAUUAUCACACAACGCCAAAGACAAACGAAAAGAAAGGAAAAAUUAUUUGGAUAAAAGAAAAUCCAAUCACAUAUCCACCAUGCCAAUCGGUAAUAAUGGUCGUCAUCAAGAACGUUUUGAAGACGCUUCUAAUUUUACUACAAGAACUCCGUUGUCCAACAUUACCAAUGUCAACGGAGAAUGUUCAGUCUUGUGUCGUGACAUGAGACCUAUGACUUCAUCUUCAAUCACUCGAGACUAUUCCAACAAUUUAUUGCGCAAAAAUAUAAAUAAAAAAAGGAAGUUUCUAAAUACUACUCACAUACCCAUUUUCGACCUAACGUCAGAAGAAGAGUUUCGUGAUCAACAAAUCCAUAAACUAACUUUAACUUCAGGUGCCACAAAAGAUUACUUGGACCAUGGUGAUCAGACUUUUGUGUGUACGAUGUGUCAUGCACAGUUAUGGAGGGAUGAAGCACACUUAAAGAAAAAAGCGUUAUUGGGUCGGGUCCAAGCAGUUGUUUAUACUGUGGAGUUUCAAAAGCGCGAUAUUGGUGGGGGAGUCGAUUAUGAUGCAGAAAGAUCAAACACAAGGAAUUAUACAACUUUUGGAAAAGAUAUAUCACACCCUUAA